CAUGUGAAAUGAAAAAAUAAACCUUUCUUCUCAAAGCACAUGAAAGUUUAUUAUAUUUUGUAUUAAAAAAGCAAAUCCAAACCUGGACGAAAAGAGAUUCCUUAUUCUAAGAUAAUUUUGUGUACUUUUAGUCUGAAUUUUUAUACCAAUUUCGAUGGCCUCAAAGGAGCCCGAAAAGAAAGCAGAUGGGAACAGAGUAAAAAAGGUUCAUGGAAAUGAUUCGUUUCAACGAAUGAAUUACCUAUAUCAAAUCAGUAAACACAUAGCAGACAAGAACCCAGCCUUAUCAGCGUAUUAUGGAAACUUAAUAGUUAGUGUUGCUAAGAAAAAUGUUUUAAAAAUACAUCCAGAUAUUAAACGGCAAUUUUGUAAAAAAUGUAGAUGUAUAGCCAUCCAUAAGGUCACAGCCACAAUGAAGGUAAAAAGAAAAAACAAAUCAAAAACAAUCCAGUGGACUUGUGACAUCUGUGGCACUAAGAGAAAUUUUCCCGCCAAUGAAAAACAUGACCACAGAUUAUGGUUAGAAAAACCAGAGGCUGUACUUGAAGUUAUUAAUUAGUAAAAUUUAUUUAACUAUUUAUGUUUUAUACCUAAUAAAAAGAAAAAUAAA